AUGGGGGUGGGGGGAGCAGGGGCGACGGUUAAAGAAGUCGCCCCAGGCUGCGGCGCGGGUGAUGUCAGCCCUGGACAAAAAUAGAGAGGGAUCGCCUGCAAAUCCCCAGCUCCGGCGGGGCUAAACCUUGCAAUCCCUCUCGGGCCGGCGUGGAGCCAGGGCGCAGGGGCCUCCACCGCCUCCCCGGGCGCGCACACACCAGCACACGCGCACGCACGCAGACCCUCCUCCGCACCCGCACUCCCGGUUUCCCCCGGUGCCCCUCGGUGCUCACCACUCGCCGCACCCGUCUGCCCCGCGGCGAAGCGCGCACAGCACACACACACACACAGACACACACACAUACUCGCGUGGCGGCUGGGACGCGGGAGCGGCCGGCGCGACCUCGGAGGAGCCAGUGCCGGAUCCCCGCAGCGCCCCUCGGAGCGCUGGCCGCGAGCCGCGCUCGGGAACGCGGGCCGCGCGCGGCGGAAAGCUGGGACGUGGAUUAGCGCCGGCAGCAGCCUCCCGCGCGCGCCGAGGCGCUAAAGGGCUUACUCGGGAGGGGGGUGCGAGGGCGGGGAGAGGCUGCCCGUUAAAUACCGCUCCCCGCCGCACUCCGGGCUCACCCAGCUCGCCGCCACCGUCGCCAGACCGUGCCCGGGAGGAGGGGGCGUUCCCCACGCCAUGGCAUCAACGGAAGGUGCCAACAACAUGCCCAAGCAGGUGGAAGUGCGCAUGCACGACAGCCACCUCAGCUCCGAAGAGCCGAAGCACCGAAACCUGGGUCUGCGCAUGUGCGACAAGCUGGGGAAGAACCUCCUGCUCUCGCUAACGGUGUUUGGUGUCAUCCUGGGGGCAGUCUGUGGCGGGCUGCUUCGCCUGGCAUCUCCCAUCCACCCUGAUGUGGUCAUGUUGAUAGCCUUCCCAGGGGACAUACUCAUGAGGAUGCUGAAGAUGCUCAUCCUCCCCCUCAUCAUCUCCAGUUUAAUCACAGGGCUGUCAGGCCUGGACGCCAAAGCCAGUGGCCGCCUAGGCACAAGAGCCAUGGUGUAUUACAUGUCCACAACCAUCAUUGCCGCUGUGCUGGGGGUCAUUCUGGUGCUGGCCAUCCACCCUGGCAAUCCCAAACUCAAGAAGCAGCUGGGACCUGGAAAGAAGAACGAUGAGGUGUCUAGCCUGGAUGCCUUCCUGGAUCUCAUUAGAAAUCUCUUCCCGGAGAACCUGGUGCAAGCCUGUUUCCAACAGAUUCAGACAGUGACAAAGAAAGUUCUGGUAUCACCUCCGUCCGAAGAGGCCAAUACAACCAAAGCGGUCAUCUCCAUGUUGAAUGAGACCAUAAAUGAGGCCCCGGAAGAAACUAAGAUCGUUAUCAAGAAGGGCCUGGAGUUCAAGGAUGGGAUGAAUGUCUUAGGUCUGAUCGGGUUCUUUAUUGCUUUCGGCAUCGCCAUGGGGAAGAUGGGGGAGCAGGCCAAGCUGAUGGUGGAGUUCUUCAACAUUCUGAAUGAGAUCGUAAUGAAGUUAGUGAUCAUGAUCAUGUGGUACUCCCCGCUGGGUAUCGCCUGCCUGAUCUGUGGGAAGAUCAUCGCCAUCAAGGACUUAGAAGUGGUUGCUAGGCAACUGGGGAUGUACAUGAUCACGGUGAUCGUGGGCCUCAUCAUCCAUGGGGGCAUCUUCCUCCCCUUGAUUUACUUUGUAGUGACCAGAAAAAACCCAUUCUCCUUUUUCGCUGGUAUUUUCCAAGCCUGGAUCACGGCCCUGGGAACUGCUUCCAGUGCUGGAACUUUGCCUGUCACCUUCCGUUGCUUGGAAGACAAUCUAGGGAUUGACAAGCGUGUGACCAGAUUCGUCCUUCCAGUCGGAGCAACCAUUAACAUGGAUGGCACAGCCCUUUACGAAGCUGUGGCAGCCAUCUUCAUAGCCCAGAUGAAUGGGGUCAUCCUGGAUGGAGGUCAGAUUGUGACUGUCAGCCUCACAGCCACCCUCGCGAGCAUCGGCGCAGCCAGUAUUCCCAGUGCAGGGUUGGUCACCAUGCUCCUCAUUCUCACCGCCGUGGGCCUGCCGACAGAGGACAUCAGUCUGCUGGUGGCGGUAGACUGGCUUCUGGACAGGAUGAGAACUUCAGUCAAUGUUGUGGGAGAUUCUUUCGGAGCUGGGAUCGUUUAUCACCUCUCCAAGUCUGAGCUGGACACCAUUGACUCCCAACACCGUAUGCAUGAAGACAUCGAAAUGACCAAGACGCAGUCCAUUUACGAUGACUCCAAGAGCCACAGGGAAAGCAACUCCAACCAGUGCGUCUACGCCGCACACAACUCUGUCAUGAUAGAUGAGUGCAAGGUAACUCUGGCGGCCAAUGGAAAGUCAGCUGACUGCAGUGUUGAGGAAGAGCCUUGGAAACGUGAAAAAUAAUCACCUGACUCUCAGCCAAUUCUUGAAUAAGCUCCCCAGCGUAUCUUAUGGUAAAAGAUGCUCUAAACAGGCUUCCUUUACAAAAGGAAAAUGCAUAUAUAUUUCUAUGUUUACUUAAUCUGUUAGCUGAGGUGUAGAGGAGCUGUUGUACACCCAUGAUGACAGGCACCGUGCUAUGUCUUUGCCAAAUAAUGCUUCAUAACUGUCUAAUUUUCUCACUUGUGUUGUUGUCUGAAUGGAUGCUGCUGGAGAAACCACUAUGAAUGGAAGACAAGUUCUUGCCAGCUCCCCCUGUCUCAUGCAGAACUGUGGAUGAUGCUUUCCCAAGGGGACAGGAGGAAAGCAGUGUCGUACAUGCCAGGGACUUGAGACAGUGAGCACUCAUGGCGUGGCAUUCCUUAAAGUGUUCAUGGCUCGCCUUGUUCCACACAAAAGAUUCUACUAGAAGAUUCUAGAAAUACCGCCCCUACAGGCUGUAGGGUUGGCACCUACCUUGACUGAAAGCAUCUGUCUUAGGGAACUCUGACAACUUACCUUUUUGUGCACUAAGUUAAAUGUUUCAGAGUUUCAGUGGGUGCCCAUACUCUGAAAGGUCUGCCUUUCUGUGUGUGUGUGUGUGUGUGUGUGUGUGUGUGUGUGUGUGUGUGUAAAAUGGGAAAUUUCAAAUUUGAAAAUGAACUAGGAAUUAUUUGAUUAUAACCACCGUAUACCUUGAGAAAAGGAAAGGAGCAUAGUCAACCUAAUUUUUAACCAGAUUUAAAUAUUCAAACCCACUUGUUUGACUUGCGCUCAUACAGCAUAGUGAAGUCAAGUGUGUCUGUCUGAUCUGUGUUUUUGUUGUUGUUAUUUUGCUCAUAGAUUCCCAUUUAAGUUCCUAACAAAAAGAUAUUUUCAAUAUCCAAAUUGCUUCCAUUCCAUUCUCAUUCACUUACAUGGAUGAGUGUUUUACUGCCUCCUCACAUAAAGAGACGCAUGUUGGCUGUGCCUCUUUUCAUAUCAUCUUGGCAUAUAUCUGAUAUAUAAAAAGUGUUCUGUAAUAUCAAAGCACACGAAAACCAUCACAAGACGUAGAAACAUCCUCCCCCUUUGGAGAGAACGGAACAGAAAGGAAACAUCUAUACAAAAUCCUAUGAGGGUGAUAUUCCUGUGACAGAGUUCAGGCAGCCUCAGUCUACCACAUGGUGACAAAGAAUGGCUCUACACAACUUUCCAGAUGGAACCCUUUCCAAGGACCAUGAAAUUCUGAAGAAAGAAAUAAUAUAAUUGGCACAGCGUGGUGUUUUGCCUGUGGUAGGCAGCCAACGAAUCCUUAAUGAUCGGUUGUGCAAGCUAAAAUUGUGAAUGUCUCCAUUAUUAUCUUCUGUUGAAUAACCCACAGUAUUUUCCUAAGAUUCCUGGGUUUAAGGGUUAGCUGGGAACUUGGACCACUGAGAAACAAAACGUUUGACUGAAAGGAGUGGAUGGAACCUGGGUCAUAGGCCAGAGCACAUGUGUCCUUUGAGGCAAGUAAACUUGAGGAGACAUAAAUAGGAAAAGGACCCAGCAUUUCUGAGGAAGAGCACUGAGACAUCGCCUCUUCUUUUAGCCUCUCUUGUGACUUCUCUCCUUCAAAUCAGACAGUUUGGAAACAUACAAAAGACAAGAGAUUCCUGUGGUCUUUACCUUAUAAAACCCCAACUGUUAAAUUAAAACAAGGAUCACCAUUGAGCAGUAUUAACUGAAUUAUUUUGUUUUGUUUCAGCUUUUGGCUUUUGAAACAAGGUCUUGCUAUGUAGCCCAGGCUAGCUUCAAAUUCAUAUUCCUCCUGCUCCGCUUCAGUUCUAAGAUUAUCGGUGGGCACCACUGCAUCAGCUGGCAGAUGGUUUUUGAAGGCCGUUUGUUUUUCGGUUUCAUUUGAGGGACAGUGACCAGGGUAGCAGUGACAGGCAAUUAAUCCCUUACAGAAGGCAAGAGGUGCCAAGAGGAUAGUCUUCGGUUUAGCUGCAGAACUAUGCUAGAUAGUCUGAAAGUGGUACCCCAGGGCCUUCCUAUGCUGAGUACAUGUAUCUAGGCAAAGCGCCCAUGAGCGUGGUGGGUUUUGAAGUGUGGGAGUUGGGAAUGCCAUUCCACACAAUGGGUCUCCCCAUAGGAGAAGACACAGGCUACCUGGGUACUCGUGCAUGCACAGGAUGACAAAGUAUGUCAUCUCCUCAGAUUCUGCCUGAGAUCUUUCUUGUUUGUCUCGUCUCUGGCUCUCCUUUAGCAGUCCUGUUAGCCUAUAUAAGAAGAAAAUACGUUUGUCUACCUGAACCAAGGUACACUGCUUCCCCAGUCAGGUUUUGCUGACUACAUAUAUUAUCUCAUGAGGAUAUGCUAAAGAAAUCACAUUUAUCUGGAAAUUGAAUAAAUCAUAUUUAAAAGAAGUAACUUAUCAACUAGGAGAGUCUCCUGAAAAUCUAGGAUGUGGAUGGAACUGACGUAGUACUACUGUGUCUUGUUUUUGUAAGGCCUCGUAAACUUUCCCAUGCUGUGCCCACUGGGGAUUCCCUUGCCUAGAAAAGGUGCCAUAAGCUGAGUGAACAGAUCCAGAGUAUAUUCUAGUAGUCUUAGUCUAAAUAGGGUGCCCGCCACUGUGUGUAUGCAUUAAUAGGGCCGUGCAGAUCUAAAUGCCCAUAAUGAUUCCUCUUCUAUGUGUAGUUUCUUCUCUCUCUCUCUCUCUCUCUCUCUCUCUCUCUCUCUCUCUCUCUCUCUCAUAGACAUUUCUAUUACAGGAAUGGUGUCCUGGCUGAAUUACCAACCUUACACACACAUACAUACAUACACACACACACACACACCAGAGGAUAUGUGUCACAUACACCAACUCCAGAGAGGUUUGAAUAUUGGGGCUUUGGCAGCACUAGUCCUUUACUAUUCAGUUAAUACUUUUGAGCAAUCAAAAUCAUUUCAGAAGAAACCAACCUAAGAGACAUUCAUCCUUCUCUGUCCCAUCCUUUCCCUUCAAGAAUCAAGACGAAUCACCAUCUAACUAUUGAGUAAAAUUCAGCAAAGCCAUUUCAGUCGGUGAACAAAAUGAUGGCUUAGAAGGUAAUAUUUCACCCUAGGUUUCUGAGGGUGGCUGUACACCAGAGAAUCCAGGUAGCCCUCAGGACCUAAGCACACAAAAAUCUCAGUAAAGGCCUGUAGUUGAGUUUAGGACCACAAGGUCACUACCAUAUUCUGUUUUUUUUUUUUUUUUUAACUUCCUGUUGUGUGUAGCAAAAACCUGUAUGGCCUCAUUGCCUGGAAAAGUUUUCAUGCUCUGUAAAAGACAAAUAGCCAUUUCUCCUCACUAAUUAUUAGUCAGCUUGGACAGUCACAGAGUGAAGAAAAGAGCCAAAGUGUCCCUGGAUGAAAACUAGGAAAGCUGAGGAGGGGUAGAAGGAUUUGGUGCGUGGGCCAGUCCCUGCGGGGGGAUGCCAUGCCUCUCAGUGGUCUGCUGGUUAGAUCUCAGCUAACUUCCAACAGGGGCUGGAAAAUCGUGCCACACACAGGUGCGCUCAGUCAGAGGCCCUUUGAGAACUCAGAUGUCCUCAGAAGAAAAUGCAACCCUGCCUUGUUUUUUUGCAAAUAGUCUUCCCUUUGUUCUCCAAAGUAGAAGUUUACUGUAAUUUUUCACUUUUGUCAGAAUCUAGGCUCUUCCCUAACACAUUAUUUUCCUCAUGCAACAAAGCAAUAAAUCCGAAUAGGUGUUCGCAUGCUCUGACUCCCAAUAAACAAGCCUGGGCAGCUCUGGCCUCCUUUGCUCUGGCCUCCUUUGAUGACUAAAACUGCAGCAGUUACACCCUCAGGGGCUUUCUGCUUUCUGCUAGGACCAUUCUGUCUGCCUUGCAUUUUUUUUUUUUUUUUUUUUUUUUUGCUUUGCUUCUUCUCCAGCUGAGCUCAUUAUCAGCUAAGAAGGACUAGAUGGGAUUUUCCAGUAUUGGGAGACUUUCAGGACUCCAGGGUCAUAAGAAAAUUGAGGUUUAAAGAGUCUGAAGCAAGGGUUUCCCAAAGCAAGUUGUCACAUAAGAUUAACGGUGUUGGCAUCUAUAGUAAUCUCUGGCUAAACCCAAAGGAAGGGUCGCUGAAUGCCAACCACACCAGGUGGCAGCUAUGACAGCUAUUUUUUUCCAUGGGUGGAGAGAUAAAAUCUGCUUAAAACCCAUUUAGGAUUUUCCCUAAAACCCUCUCCCCAGAUCACCGUUUUCUUCCUUUCCUUUCCCCCUUUUCUGCCCCAUUGCUCAAUAGGCUGCUUGGUAAAUGACCGUAUAGUUACGUGGAGGUUGAUUUGGGAGCAGAUAACAGGAGAUCUUAACUGAGUAAUAGCCAGUCUCACCGCCUAAUGCCAUCAUCAGGCAAUGGCACAGAGAUACUUAAAAACAACGCAGUUUGGGAGAGGAGACAUUGAUUAGACACUGCACACUCGUAGCUGGUAGAGCUUACACAAGCCACUGUCUGCCCAGGCCUGUCAUGUUUCCAUAUGGGAAGAGAAGGGAUUGGGCCAAAUGCAGUUUUCUAAUCUCUGCUUUGCUUUCUUCCAUCUUGCUGCUCCAAAACACGGCUUAUUAAGUUGGAGAGACAUACACAAUAUUGACUAUUCAAUUUAGACAGAUUUUUUUUUUCUCAUCCCUUUUGGGAAAACUGCAGCUCAAGCUUCUAGUCAUUCCAUGCUUUGCAGCACACUUGAAGAGUAGCCACGUUAACCCACAGUUCACUGCUGUUUUGAGACACCAGUAAAUAUCCUCUGGGCAAAAUCCCUAUUAUCUAAACUCACUGUUCUCGCAGAAGCAGCGAUUCUGCCCAGGGAAAUGCUCGGCAGAGUCUCCGUGAGGAACCAGACACCUCGCAGCUGCAUUUGAGUUCUUGCAUCAUACCUGCUGUAGCAACAGAGCCCACUCCAAAUACUCAGCCCACACCAUUUUCCCCAAACGGCCCUAAUUGCCAACCCUAUGUGGGAAUUUGGGAGCCUCUGGAAAACAAGCUCGAACACUCCUGACAUUUGGUGCAAGAUUUGCACAACCACAGCAACCGUUUCCACAUACCUUUCCAUCCGCAUGCGUGCAGACAUGCCCAUCCUUUUCUCAGCAGAGACGUGCAGGAGGGUUCGAGUUCAUUUGAAAGUUUUCCCCUUGAUUUACUUGUGUAACAGACAUAACAUCCCAGCAAGAGAAUCUGUCGCUUACAAGAAUGGAGUUUUCCCAUUUGCCCCUUUCCUUUUCUCUGACUACAGAGUCUCCAAGUAACUAGAAAUGUGAGAGGUGGCUAUGCCUUACCCUCCCUGGCUCUGUUGUACUAGGCCAUAGCUUGCAUUUUCACCCUCUGACCAAAUUUCUAGGACAGUGGAGUUGCUGUAGCUAGCUAGUGUGGUGAAUAUCCUCACUGUCAGAAAAGAUUUCAGCUCUUCCAAUUUGGAGAAGCAAGAUGGACAUCCAGGUCCAAAGGGGUUAAUUUUUGUUAGUGGUGAUGAUGGUGGCUGGGUUUUUCCCUCCCCUCAAAGUGGCAGAAAAUCUAAAGUGAGGACAGAAAGGUAUUUCUUAACUGGCCCACUUUAAGGUCACUGCAGAAAAGUGGAAGAUGUUCUGCAGGUCCUGUGGGAUAAGGUUCACGCUAAGACCCUGAACCAUUCCUGAUCAGUUUUUUUUUUUUUUUUCUAUACCCGAUCUUGUUUUAUCUUUCUUCCUUGGAUCCAAUUGCCCAUUUUGGUAUUUUUAAAAGUCUCUCUGGUUGUAUUUUGAGAAGCUUUUGUGCUGAGAAUAAAAUGUACUGUUGGAACAGACCAAUGUUCUGCAGAGGCAGCACAUGACCUGGACAAUGGGUGGCAGCAUAACUGGUUCCCUCUGGAGAGAUCCCCAGUCCCUGGGCGAGCUUUGGAACCUAACAACCGACUGUUAUCUUUGUCAUCAUCCUCUGGGACAUGAGGAUGAUGCAGUCAGAGCCUUGCUGCUUUUUGGUUCUGUUUCUCCUCAUGACAACCAUCUGUCUUGCCUGGAAACAGCCCUCUCUGCCUUUGGUAGGUGACAGAUACACUCAGGAGCCAAGGAAGUUGGUCAAAUAUAUGCCUAAGGUUUCUUCACGCUGGAACAAAUUCCCCAACGCACACAAUCAGAAACUCAGCUCCCAGGUGGCUAAAUACACACACAUUCCCUCUGCUGUUCUAAGAGCCUUCAGUAUCCAGACUCUCCUGCAAACCACCUCCCACCUUUCCUUUCUCUUCUUUCCUCCAUAAAAUCUUCAGCAUUCCAUCCCCAUGUUGCACAACACAGACCAGAUCAUCUGGUCACUAUAAAGAUUUGUAUAUAUUAAAACACACCUACUUUUUGGAGAAUUUUUUUGUAUAUUCUUUUUCUAUUUGUUUUCUACAGCUUGAGGAGAGAGCUGGCAAACUGUGAAUCUCAUUUUAUCUUGAUGCCAGCAGAUAUAUUUUAGCUUCCUGGUACAAAUCUGUGUUACUAGGGACAACAGAUUGCCCUCUGAUCAGUAUUGCGCCUCAAAUCUACAGAAUUACUUUGGCCCAAUCUUAUACUCUUUCUUACACAAAUCCCCAAAUUUCUUUGCUAUUAUUUAUACAGAGAAAUAUUUAUAGUCCUGGAUAAUACAAGUUUAACAUUAAUUUAAUCUUGUUACAUGUUUGUAUCUAUUCAGAAAUCGUAAAGACUCAGAGUAGGCUGAUAUAAUCUAUUUAGUAUCUGUAAUUUUUCAGACAGAUAUUUUCUUACACUAUUUUCUAUACAACCACAUAGACAGAAGUAUAACAAAUUAGAGCACAAGUUUCUAUAGCAAUUUAGGGGUAUCAACUAUUUCCUGAGCAUACAGCCACAUUUGAGAAAUUUAGGAACUCAGUCCUUCAUGAUGCAAUGAGGAACAUGACCAAACUAAGAUCGAGGAAUUGCUUAAACCCUGUAGGUAGGUAGUAUAUGCAUCUGGACAGUUAAUCCUUCAGCGUCGAGGAAUGGUGCUGACUUCUUUUUUCCAACACCAGCCCUUGUUUUCCCAAUCGACCAUUCUAAUUUUACUUUCCCAUAAGAUGAAUAAAGGCCGGUGCUAAUAGUGGGAUCAUUUCUACAUCAGAAUCUCCCAUGUGUUCCUAAAUGUUUAUGUGAAAAUUGGCCUCGGAAGACAUUGAAUAGGAAAGACUGAGGAUGAGAGGUAAGAAAAGAAUUCGGGACAGGUUUGGUGCAGUCUUAAGUCUUGCCAAGGAAAAUGAUAGUAAAACCUCACAUUGUUAUAUGAAUUGAACAUAUAUUUUUUAAAAAAGAAAUUAAAGACAACAUAUUUUUCGUACCCAAUCAGAAUCCAUGCUGUAUCACGGGGGGGCUGGAGGUGGGAGUCACACUGAGAUUAUUUAGAAUAAACCCAAAUAGUUUUUCCUCAGGUAGGCAGCAAACUAUAUAACCUCCCCACGAAGUAAACCCGAAGCCACGGAAAACCCAAGGUGUCUUUCCUCCGCCAAACACACUCUCUGCAGUGGUGGGAGGGCUAGUGUUUUAGUGUGUUUGAAAGAAUAAUUAUUGCAUAGAUUGCAUAUUAGGACGUAUUUGAACCUGCUCCUCAUUAGGUGAACAGAUUAGAUGUGCCCUCAACUGGUUAAGAUUGUAUCUGUUUUCAAGUACAGCUAGCUAUCCGAGCAUGAUGUUCUGUGUGUACACCCUGACGCUUGGUUCACGCAUGAAGACAGUGCCUGCGCACUUUGUGUAUCGAUGAUGUGGCUGUUUGUGUGUAAUCUCAGUGAAACCGUGUAUAGAUGUGAUUUAAUUUAAAUGUUGUUCUUUGCUGUUUAUCUAAACACAAUAGAUGUGUCAGUUGCCACUUGGAAAACCUUUCUUUGCUGUCUUAGGGAUCUACUAGGGAUUAUUUCUCUUUCUCAAUGUGAUCUGAGUGAAGAACUUACCCAUUAAACCUCCGUACUGAUGAUUGUUUGCAAAUCUAUGUGUCCAGCACCGUUGUAAAUACAGCUCUGAGCAGGGAUGGGGUUGAAUACGUGUCCUGCUACAUGAUGAAAGGUCAUCCUAUGCCUGCGUCAUUCCCACUCAGUGCACCAGUGGAACUUGUGGUUGCCAAGGCUGAGGAAGGUCUAGCAUGAGGACGUUCAUCUUCUGUCCUCACUCACCAGUGGUAUGGGCUUAAAGAGACUGAAAAUAAAAAGAAAAAAAGGUCCAGCUUCUCCUCGGCAUACUCAACCACGCCUGCAGGGAAGGAUCAGCAUCUCUGGUUGUCAGAUCUUCAUCAUGAUGUUCAUGGCCUAAGAUUAAGAAGAGCCUUGUUCCCCUUGACAUCCUGAGUUGGAGAACAGGAAAGUGUUUACUGAUUAGCAGCCACAGAGGUGAGACCCCCCAAAAGCACAGUUCUGGCAGCAAAAAGCACACUUGUCAGAAAACAACAGAGUACUAAAAGCACAGCAAGGCCAGGGGUCAGCAACAGCCAAGGGCCAGCCUUGACAGCGGCAGAGGAUUGACCUCUGAUGCACUGAUCCCAAGUAUGUGACAGGAGUCAGAUCUCCUCUACCCAGUGUCUUCUGUUUUCAUGUAUAGAAUGGCUAAAAAUGAAAUUUACAGUGGCAAUUAGAUGCUGUUCUCCCAAACUGCAUUCUCACUAAAUACUGUGUGUGUGCGGGGGGUGGGGGGGAAGUUAUAGUUCCUGUAACCCCUUUCUUCCCCACAAUGAUGGAAGAAAAAGCAAUGUGCCCCUCUGUUUUCUAAAAGAUCACAAAGGUGUGAAGCACAUUCAUUUUCAGGAGCUUCAUCGAUGUGUGGGGUGAGGGGAUGAUGUGGCUGCUUCCUUCAAAUUCUGGAUGAAAAAAAAAAUACCGAAAGAAAAGUAGAAUUUAGGCAGGAUUAUUUUGAAUGAAGGAUAAGAUUAAUGGUUUCCCUCACGUUCACGCUCCCCGUUGUUCUGAUGUCAUGUAGCAUAGUGUAUCUACGAGCACAUGGUAUUUAAAGACUAAUGAAUGCAAAAAGAUGAGAAACUCAACUAAUUUGGAAGUUGUUUCUUAUAUAUGGUACUAGGAAAUGCCUUGUUGGCAAAGCACACCUUGGGUAGUUGAGAUCUCCUGUGUUUGUCUUUAGCUUUUCUGUGAUGUGCACUGAUGACUGUAACAUUUUGUAUGUAAAGUAACUGGAUAUUCUUCACAUGCUGGAAAUAACCUGUGAAUCCAAUCUUUCACUAAGUGUUUUAACUCCUGUGUAUAUAUAUCUCUCUCAUCAAUAAAUGUGGAUUCCACUUUG